GUGUAAAAAGAAGAGAAGUCAAAAUAGUUUUAUCAUCUGAUACAAGGUAGCAUUCGUGAUAUAAGCCGUCUACAAAGUGUUGGCUAAUACAUUUCUUAAAUUUGCAAUUCGCCAAAGUCAAUAAAUCGACUAUUAAAUAAUUGAAAAAUAUUUUACAUGGAUAUUAUUCAAAGCUGAGUGAAACGAAUCAUGAAACACGUGUAUUUCAAGUCCUUUUUAUGUGGAGUUCUUUUGUCUUUGUGCUUCGCUGAACAUACACCUGACAUAGUUUAUGAUGUUUUAUCAAGCAGACUGGACAAUGUUUUCUUCGAUAUCAGGAGUUUAAGAAGUGACAUUACUGAGAUAAAAGAAAAAGCUGGACAAAGCGGACAGAUUCAUACAGUGGAGGAGUGCACAGAGUUAAAGCAAAUGUUUGAGACUUUCAAGACAGAAAUGAAUGCAAAUUUUGCAAAUCUAGAAAGCAAAAUAACACAGAAGGUAGAUCAAUAUUUGUACGAAAAGAUUACAUCGAUUUUGGAAAAGCAAAAUGAUCAAACAAAGCAAGUGGAGAAACAAGAUGAAGAAACGACUAAUGAAAUGAAAACGUAUUUGCAUGGUAUUCGCGGUAUAAGAAAAGCUAUAUCAGUUGAAAAGCAAUUACUCCGAAAUAUAACCAAAAAGUUCAAUAUAAGAAUUGAAGAUGUGGAACGGAAAAUGUUUGCCUUUGAAAACGCAUCAUGGAAAGGUGAUCAAGGCGAGGUCGGUCCUCGAGGUCCCCCCGGGCAUAGUGGUACCAAAGGCAGCAAGGGGGAGCGAGGUAUUGGACUGGCAGGGCGAACAGGUCAGAAAGGGGAAAGGGGAUACACGGGUUCAAAGGGUCAAAAGGGAUCACCAGAAUCACGAUCUUCGGUGUACUUUUCGGUGUCGCUUAAAUACGACCAGGUUUUGUCACAAAACACCAUUGUAAAAUAUGACAAUAUAUUAAAAAAUAAAGGCGGUGGAUACGACCCCAAAAGUGGUAAAUUUACAGCACCGAGCAGUGGAGUGUACCUUUUCCUCUUUUUCGUUGAACCUGGGCAUGAUAAGAAUAACAUGGCUUUUCUAAAUUUAUAUGUGGAUGGGGAAUAUAUAGCGUAUGCCAUUCACGAAUCGCGUCAUGAUGACCAUAACACUAGUGGGGGACAAGCGUAUGUUUCCUAUAUGUCAGCAGGUGACCAAGCUUGGAUUCAAACAGGAAAUCUCGAUCCGAGUGAAGGUAAACAUAACAUUGCAGAUUAUGGGACAACAUUCACAGGGAUUCUUAUAAACUGAAACGAUAGAUGUUGUAUUUUGCGGCUUGCAUUUUCAUUUUUCAUAUAUUAUUAUUUGGUGAUUUAUAAUGUUAUUUAUUUACAAGUAAUUAUAUCACGUAGAAAAGUCAUUCUGAGAAUAAUUUUAAGAAAUUUGGGUCAUUUAAGCGAUUGAUGUUGGAUGGCCAUUAUUUUCACUUGGCAAUUUGAAUAUAUUGUGUAAACAAACUAGACGCUUGCUGUUUCAUUAGCAAAAGUUUGCCUAGUGUAUGUGAGUAUGUGAGUAUGCAUUUAUAUAUUUGACGUGAUACUAUUUUAGUAUUUAAUUAGCAUUCUACUUAUUCCUUCUCUUUCGUUACUUCUCAAAGUUUUAUCAGUGUUUUAAUGAUAUACAAAAUGUACUAUACUAGUAGUACUCUAGAUUAAAUUUCAUGAUGUGUCAUUUUACAUAACCGUUGGUGGAGCAACAUAGUACCGACGCGAGUUAAUAAAAAUCCUAUACUUACGGUAAUUUUGUUUACACGUCUUACAUUGUAAUAUACAGGAAGGGGCCUCCGGAGCCGAGUGGUUAAGGUUGCUGACUUCAAAUUACUUGCCCCUAACCGGUGUGGGUUCGAGCCUCACAUGGAGUGUUAAAUUCUUCAUGUGAGGAAGGCAUCCAGCUGGCUUUGUUACUUUUUGUAGUAAGGUAUACACUUUUUAAAUGGAAAUAGCUGGCCUGAGGAGGUUAUUAGCACAACUGCACAUGCAUUUGCACGUGUAUGUAGCCCGCGUGUCUAUAUAGGUUUAAGUGUGCCAGUAAACGCGUAAGGUACGGCACUGCAUUUUAAUAAGACGUUUAUUAUAUAUCUAAACAUAAUAACGAUUACUCCAUUGCUUAAUCAUAUAAAACAGCAACGUAAACGAUGGCAUUGGGUAAAUUGACGUCAAAAAUGACGUCACUCUCCCCUGGCUGGCCAAUAACCGGUUGUAAUGACCUCUUCCAAUACAAUGCCCACCUCCUAUUUUUAAGCCUGGGCUACAGGUUUGUCCUAUGUAGUUGUGUUACUAUUCAUAGAAAGGUAUUUAAUAAUAAACCAGAUUAAAUCUCAUGAUGUCUCAUUCUACAAAAUAGUUUGUGGAGCAAUAUACAACUGAGGCCAGCUGAUAAAAGUCUUAAUUCCGAUCAAAGUUUGCUACAUGUCUUACAUUGUAAUAUUAAAAU